CAUCGAAGCUGCAAGCGGCCUAUGGAAUCAUGAGGUCUGUCGCUGCUACUCUCGUCGUUGACGUAUCGCUAGAUAAAUUGAAUCAGCAACAACAGCAGCAGCAGCAACAACAACAACAGCAACAGCAACAAGAUAAUCCAACAAUUCGCGUGAAAACCUAACCAAGCAACCAACAUCAAAAGCCGCUAACAAAACCAACCGCCUGCUACUCUCGCCUCAUCUUUAACCGAUUAUUUAACAUUCUGUGUUAUGUUUGUGUGUGUGUUACUAUUAUCUGUCUGUAAUAAUUGCCGCUAACGAUCAUAUCAUGCAUCAGCCAAAGCUAGUAAAUACUGUAACUGCUGCCGGUAUUGCCUCCUCUAUAUCUAACAACCACAACAACAACGCCAAUAAAUCAAAGCGCGCUCGUCAAUUCAGCAAGCCAGCAUUAGCAAUAUCUAGUGGUAUAGGCGGUAUAGCCGGCAUAGGCCACUCGACGGGAUCAGAAGCAGCCAACGCCGGCUCCUCAUCAUUUUACGAAUCCCAUCAGCACUCCUCACUAAUUGGCGCUUCAAUUGAUUUAGAACAUUACAUCAGCGCCAUGGAGGCCCGCCACGACAACGAGCCGGAUGUUUGGGCUCAACUGCAACAAAAGGAAUCGGACAUAUUGUUAGCCGCCGAGCUGGGCAAGGCGUUGCUCGAGAAGAACGAAGAGCUGGUUAAGCAACAAGAGAAGCUAAUUGAGGAUUAUUCGGCGAAAAUUGAGAAACUCGAACAGGAGAAGCAUGUGCUGCGCCAAAAGCUGGCCAUUGCCGAGGAUGAGAGCGAUCAGCGUGUGCUGGAGCUGCAAUCGGAUCUCAAUGAGCUGAAGGACAAGCUAACAUCACAGGAUGCGGCCAUCAGGCAGGCCGAGAAGGAGAAGACCAUACUGAUCGAUGAGCUUCAACAUCAGAACACUCGCCUCACCGAGCAAAUACAAGAGGCCCAUGCCACCGAAAUGAAGCUAAGCGCACAGAUACAGGAGCUUAAGGAUCAGUAUCACUACAGAAACAGCAGCUUACAGGAGCACGUCAACAGUCUAGAGUCCAUCAAAACCGAACUAAACCUCACCACGGGCAAGCGCCAGGAGCUGGAGCGCCGCCUGCAGCACGUCCAGGAGGAGAAGCAGAGCCUCACAUCGGCCCUGGAGGAGGCUUCGGACAGAAUACACAUGCUGGAGCGCCAUGCACGUGAGCAGGAAACAAAAUUAGAGACCACCUUACAAGCCUUGGAGCGUUCUCAGCGUGAAAACAAUGUACUCAGCGAGCGUUUGGGCGCGGAUGCCAAUUCCAAUACGCCAGGAAAGAAGAGCCUACAGUUUGAAAUGGAGUGCGAUGAGGAGGAGGCGAGCUUCUCGGAAUCUGGCAAGCCCAGUCAAAUGUGGGUGGAGGCCCGAUCGGUUUACAUACAGCUGAAGUCCCUGGUGGAUUCGCUCAAAGUUAGCCAUGACGAUGACUCAGGUCUCAAUUCCGACAUAUCCCUCGAUCUGGAGUCGAUGGACAACACCAUCUCGAGCUCAGAACGCAAUGAUGGCAAUGGUGAUGGCCAUGUGGCCAUAGAGUUCCGCCAGGGCAUGCUCUCGGCCAUGUCCGAUGAGCUGACGCGUCUGCUGCUCAACCUGGAUGCUGGCAACUUUAAGAAGAUGUUGGACCAAACGCGCAAUCUUGUGCUGGAGCAGGAGGAUGAAAUAAAGCGCAGUCACCAGCUCAUACAGCAGUUGGAAGCGAAGGUAACGGUCACAGAUGUGGAGCUGCAGAAUGUGAAGGAGGAGCGAGAUCAGGCGCGUGGCGAUCUUGUCGACAAUACGGAUCGUGACGAGCUACUGACAAAGGCGCAAACCGAACGCGAUGCGGCCAAUGAGCGUCGCACCAAGGCCGAGGUGGAACUGGCCAAGACGCGCGUUGAACUCAUGCAGGCCAAUAGCCAACUGCUGGAGUCCAUACAGCAAAAGGUGGAGUUGUCACAACAGCUGGAGCAGUGGCAAAUGGAUAUGCAGGAGCUGAUCGAUGAGCAAAUGCGCUCCAAGAUGAUCAACAAUCGCCGAGCGCUGGCUGUCGAAGCAACACCCGCGCCAAGCAGCGCCGCCGCCAAUCUGGCCAAAAGGGUGUCCAGCUACAAGCUCUGGAGUUUAUUUCAGCGGUAAUUGGACAACAUUGACCACGCGUUGGAAGGUCUACGCGACUCUUAUAUUUUUAAUGUAGGCAAGAUGGAAAUUAAGAUGAAAGCUUGAGCUAUAUAUUUUUAAUAUUUAUACACACACACACAUACACACAGGAGUACACAAAAAAAGAAGCCCAGGCAUGUAUUAACUUUGUAAUUUGUAUAUUGAAGCAAUGCCCCCUCUUCUAUUUUUUUGUAGUGAAAUCUAUUUAAUUACGCUUUAUUAAUUUUAAACUUGUAACCUUAUUUUAUAUGUUAUAUGUAUUACUCGUACCUAUGUUUAAAACUAUUGCUUGUGUAAGUACACAAAUUGUCUAAGCGCUCGCUCUCUGUAUUAGUUUGUGUUUUAAGUUGUAACCGAAAAUCAAAAACAUAUCGCGCCUUUUCGUUGAGCCUCUGGCAACAGCUUAAAGCAUUGCUAAGCCCACAACUUUGUUGCGGUUAACAAAUAUUUUUAUUAACAUGUACGUAAACGUAUUUAAGUGUAAGCAAAAAGCAUUUAUGUUAACAGAAAAAGAAACAAACCAACAAGUAUACUUACAUAUAACUUAAAGUUGGCAAUAGCGCAAAUGAAAACGCUAAUAAGGAUUUUAAAAAACAAAUUGCCUUAAUUCAGACAAUUAAACGCAACGUUUUAAUACUUUAGAUUGUUU